AUGCUUAAGGAUAAUUGUUGUGUAAGAUCUGAUUUGUCAGUUAAGCACAACCACAAACCAUCUUUAUCGGAUUCGAUGUCGAUUUUAUCCAACGCAUCUACCUUGGUGGACGAUCUCCAGGGCGGUAAUAAUGCGCCUACUUCCCAAUCUCAUAGUGUUGUGGCAGCAUGCCGGCAUAGGUCGCGCUCAUUGGAGGACCCUCUUCAUACACCUCUUAGUGGUUGUCCUUCUGGCUGCCUAGGUAGCGCAGGAUCACCAUAUGGAAUAAAUAGUGGUGCGGCGACGCUAUCAUUAUCUGGUUUUAAACCUACAUGCACAAAUGGAAAUAAUACGAGGUUCCAAUUACAUAGUGGUUGUAAAACGAUAGAUUGUAAACCAUUGGCAAAUAUGUUAUUGGACCAUGAUGAGACUUAUGGGGCAGCUAAAAAUAUAAUCGUCAUAGAUACCAGGCCAUAUAUGGAGUAUUCAAAGGCACAUAUAAAAGAUUCCAUUCAUAUAAGUUUGCCUUCAACACUUUUAAAAAGGAAAAACUUUAGUUUGCAAAGGUUAUUAGAUAAUCUUCCGGCGUAUGAAAGGAAUCUAAUAAAGGAGAAGUUGAAGGAAGAGUAUAGUGAAAAUGACAAGGAUUCGUUCUCUGUUGUUAUAUAUGACAAUACGGAUGUGAAGCCCGAUGGGAGGGUUAGCCUUGCGUGUUUCGGAAUUUCAUCAAAGUUUUUGGAUAAUGACUGGCCGAAUCAAGGUCAAAGGAAGCCUGAUGUUUACAUACUAUCCGGUGGGUUUCCUCAAUUUCAAUCACAGUUUCCAGAUUUAGCAGAAUCAUCACCGAUGGAGUAUGACAGAGAACUUUUACAACCACCUGCAGUUUAUUAUUCGUCUACUUCAUCUCUAUCAACUCCACCUUCAACACAGGGGUCUCCUUUAGUGCCAGUUUGCUCACCGACAUUUUCUUCACCUAUAUCUCAUCUGUUCAAAUUUCAGUUACCACAUGCACCACGACAGAAUUUAGCUGGCUCGUCACAGUCCUUCCAACAUGUUUUUAAAAUGAGGCAAUUCGAAGAAAACAGUAACUUGGAAAGUUAUUUGGAUGCCGUAGACCUUAAUGAAAAUAGAAAGUUGUCCAGUUCAGAGUAUUUUACAAAUCCCAGCACUCCACAACAGCAGUAUUACAAAUUUCCAUUGAAACUCAGUUUUCAACUCGAGUUUGAUGCAAUAACUGAAACGUACGAUGCGGAACAAAUUAAUGCAGUCAUGCCUAGGUGGUUUCGGAAUUUGAUGGACAAGUCGUCGAAAAUGCAAUUUAUUGAAAAAUUCCAACGCUUGGAUAUUAUUGAGCGUACCAGAUUGGACAGGCUAUUAAAGAUGCCCCCACUAUCUUCAGAACAAAUCACAGAACAAAAACCGGGUCACAAAACAUCUUCUUUGGAUGGUGGUUACUCUGAAGAAGACGAUGAAUACGAUCGUCAGAUAUCCAUCUCGUCUGGUGUUGAAUUGGGUAGUAAAAAUCGAUACAAAGAUAUAUUCCCUUAUGAGCAUACAAGGGUUAUACUGAGGCGAGACCUGGAAAUUACAAAACUCUCACAGGAACCGCAUUAUAACGGUGUUGUCGACACUUAUAUUAAUGCAAAUUACUUGACGGGACCCUUUACUACUGGUGAUAGUCCAUCUAAUAAUACUGUUAGAUACAUCGCCACUCAAGCACCUCUUUCGGAGACAAUUCACGAUUUUUACACAUGUAUUAUAAACAAUCGAGUACCAAUAGUAAUUACUCUGACAGAUGAAUUUGAAAACGGGUUGGAGAAAUGUUGUAAAUUUUGGGCAGAGGGAGAUUAUAACGGGAUUCAAGUUGCAUUGCUUCAAGAGCGAAAAGAAAAUAACCUAUAUUUGAGGAGGAUCAAAUUAACGUUCAAUUCUGGAAAAUCAACAUUUCAAAUAUUCCAAAUACAGAUCAAAGAUUGGCCAGAUCUUGGUGUAUUGGUAAAUCCUACAGAUAUCCUCAGUAUGCUUGAUAUUAAAAAUUUCAUAAUCUCUGAGUUGUUCAAGCGGGGGGUUUUUAAUAAGGGUGAUCUGCCGACAGUAUUAGUGCACUGUUCUGCAGGUUGCGGUAGAACCGGUACUUUCUGCACUGUUGAUACAAUAGUCUCAAAUCUUAAGAAUAUCGACGCUCAUGAAAUACAAUGGGAAGCAAAUCACCAUGAUAAUAACAACUUGUUUGAUCCAAUAGUAAUAACUAUUGAUCGAUUCAGGAAACAAAGAAUCUCGAUGGUUCAAAACAUUAAUCAAUUUUUAUUCAUAUAUGAUUGCAUGUUGUCAUACUUCAAACUUCACCUGAAUAAUAACACGUGUGGUGGCGACAACGUUGGUUUGGGUUCUUUCACGAAUUCUAUGGGGGAAUUGGAUAUUUUAGAGGACUUUCUAUGUAGUAAGAAAAACGAGCUGUAA